ACUUUUGGGCAGGGCUCGACACCCAUUUUCGGCGCUUCGUUAUAAAACCGACUUUAAUGCAUCCUGUCGCCCAAUACUCACCAAAUUCUCUCACACGGAUCAUUAAUCUGCUGCUGCUUUUUGUCUCUGGAGACUUUGUAUUUAAUAUUUAUCAAGGAUGGAGAACAAGUCCUACCUGGUCAAGAUGAACGGAAACGGCGUCCUGGGUAAGGCCGCUGUCAACGGGAAGACCCUGAACGGAGGCGGCGUGAACGGGAAGACGGUGCACGGAAGCUUCCACCACGUCAGCGUCAACGGCAGCUUGUAUCCGGCUAAAACCAAGAGCCGCCGGCAGAGGUGGGAGGUGAAGCCUUCAGAGAUGGCCAACAACACGCUGAACCCCAUCAGGGCCAUCGUGGACGGCAUGAAGCUGAGCCCGAACCCGGACAAGCCCAUGAUUGCCCUGUCCAUAGGCGACCCCACCGUGUUUGGAAACCUCCCUACAGAUGAAGCCGUUCUUCAGGCCAUGAGAGACGCCGUCGACUCCCAGAAAUUCAACGGCUACGCCCCUUCUGUCGGUUACCUGAAGAGUCGGGAGGCAGUGGCCAACUUCUACAGCUGCUCUCAGGCGCCGCUGGAGGCCGACGAUGUGAUUCUGACCAGCGGCUGUUCUCAGGCCAUCGACCUGGCUAUCAGUGUCCUCUGUAACCCCGGAGACAACAUCCUGGUGCCCUGUCCUGGCUUCUCCUUAUAUAAGACCCUGGCGGUUUCCAUGGGCAUCGAGGUCAAACUCUACAACCUGCUGCCUGAGAAGUCCUGGGAGAUCGACCUGCAGCACCUGGAGAGUCUGAUCGACGAGAGGACGUCCUGCCUGAUCGUCACCAACCCCUCCAACCCCUGCGGCUCCGUCUUCACCAAGGAGCACCUGCAGAAGAUCAUCAAAGUGGCCUCCAGACACUGCGUCCCCAUCCUGGCUGAUGAGAUCUACGGCGACAUGGUGUUUCCAGGUUGCGACUGUCCUUCCAUGGCAUCUCUCAGCAGCGACGUUCCCAUCCUCUCCUGUGGCGGUUUGGCCAAACGCUGGCUGGUUCCUGGUUGGAGGAUGGGAUGGAUCCUGAUCCAUGACCGGAAUGACGUGUUUGGAUCCGAGAUCCGACAGGGUUUGAUGAAACUGACCCAGCGUAUUCUGGGAGCCUGCAGCAUCGUCCAGGGGGCGCUAGAGAGCAUCCUGAACAACACGCCUCAGAGCUUCUACAACAGCACCAUCAGAUUCCUCAAGUCCAACUCAGAGAUUUGCUUCAGUGAACUGUCCACCGUCCCUGGACUGAACCCCGUGAUGCCUUCAGGUGCCAUGUACCUCAUGGUUGGGAUCGACAUGGAUCAUUUUCCAGAUUUUAAGAAUGACGUGGAUUUCACGGAGCGUCUGGUGACGGAGCAGUCGGUCUUCUGUCUGCCUGCUUCGGCGUUCGAGUAUCCCAACUUCUUCCGCAUCGUGGUGACGGUUCCGGAGGAGAUGAUGGUGGAGGCCUGCGCUCGGAUCAGAGAGUUCUGUCAGAGAUACUAUCGACCUAGCAGCUGCGACAGCAACGACCUGGACCAGUGAUCCUCCAACCAAUCCCACCAACCAGUUACAAAUCUGCUGCACAGGCCGUCAUCGCCGUGGCAACAACAACAACAAGCUCGUCAGCAACAGACCUGAGGGUGUAAUUUUGGAUGUAAACCGUAUGAAAUGAGAAGACCUAAUAUUUAUAUUUUAUACAGGCAACUUAUGUUAACCUCUACGUGUUUUUGUGUAUUUAUAUAAUUGGUGUAUCAGCUGCAGGAUUAUAAAGCUGCACAUUUUAUGCUACAUUUUUCAAAAUCUAUUUUUAUAUACUGAUAAUCUUCUGCAUUCUUGGCCGGUGUGAAGCUGCACAGGCUCCUAAUCACAACUCUCUCUGUACAUUAUUUGGAUGUUAAUUGUGUUAAAUCACAUUUAGAUGUAUUUUUUUGUUGUUCUGACACAACAUUUUGUUUGUAGUUUUGUUAAUAGUGACCAAAUAAAACAUGUUGAAAUGA